AUGGCGGCCGAUGGUGGCAGCUCUUCGCUGGGGCUACCUUGCGUUUUUUCUCCCAAAUCACGCCAGUACCUAGCUUUGUGUGCCCAAGAUGGCAGGCUUCGCAUUUGGAACACGGACAGUAAAACACUUCACCAAGAAUACGUGCCUUCUGCCCAUUUGAGUGCCACUUGUACCUGCAUAGCUUGGGGACCAUGCCGGACAGUCAAGGAGGGGCCUCAGAGGAAGAAGAGGAAAUCGGAGGCAGGGCAGCCAGAGGAGAGGGCAGACCUGUUGGCGAUGGGCACAGCAGCGGGCAGUGUGCUCAUCUACAGCACAGCGAAAGGGGCGCUCCACUGCACCCUGGAUGGAGGCCACAGUGGAGGGGUGAAUUCUGUCCAGUGGCACCCUGAAGACAGUCUAUUGUACAGCGGCUCAGCUGACACACACAUCAUAGAGUGGGACUUGCAGACGGGCAAGACGCGCUGCAAGUGGAAGGCAGACCGGGCGGCAGUGACCAGUUUGUGUGUGAGCCCUGAUGGCAAGCUGCUGCUCUCAGCAGGGCAUAUAAUCAAGAUGUGGGACUUGGAGACCAAGGAGAUAUACAGGAAAUUCACAGGCCACUCCACAGCUGUGAGGACCCUGCGCUUUGCCACCACGCGACCUCCAGACAGCAACGGUCUCUACUUCCUGUCCGGGGCAGAGCACGAUCGACUCCUCAGUGUAUGGCAAGUGCGCGAAGACGGCAAUGACAAGAACUCAGUGGUGUCCUUCACACUGACAGACGAGCCCCAGCACAUCGACCUCUCAACCUCCACCAGCAAGGAAGAGGCGGUGAGGCUGGCGGUGGUGUGUAAGGAUGGGCAGCUGCAUCUCUUUGAGCACUUUUUAAAUGGGCCCUGUAAGAAGCCCCUGUCACCCUCUUGUUCGGUGCAGAUGGCCGGCACACAGGACUCCCCUGUGCCUGUCCCCUUGCUGGCCGCAGCCCUCGGGACAGACACUGGGACUGUGCUGCUGGCCUAUGGCAACCACCUACAGCCUGUAAUGGAGAGAGUGGAGAUAAACACAGCAGAGAGACACAUCUGCUUGACCCGAGACGUCCAGACUACCCUGUCCCUCUCCAUGGAAACCGCUGUCUCCAAGGUGAAAACCCCAAUUGUCAAUGCCAAGAGCAGAGUGUUGGUCCCAGGGCUUCCUGGACACCAAGCCCCAAUCAAAGGAACUUCACAAGGAUCAGAAAAGAGGAAAAAAGGCACAGACACCAAAGAGAUGUCAAUAGAGGAGCGACUAGGCGAAAUCGAUCUGUCUACAGUGAGCUCUGUGAAGGGGGCUCCUAAGGGAACUCCCUCUCUACAGACAGACAACUUUGCAGUGCUGCUGGUACAAGGCUUGGAGAGCAGUGAUGCCGGCAUCCUCAAUAAAGUUUUCCAGACCCGAAAGGACGCUGUGAUAAAGAAGACCGUUUCUCGGUUACCCCUCCCUGCUGUCUUGCCAUUGGUGGAAGAGAUCACGAAGAGGCUGCAAGGGCACCCUUUUACGGCAGUGUUGAUGGUACGAUGGCUCAAAGCUGUGCUUAUGCACCACACCUCAUACUUAUCCUCGCUGCCUGACCUGGUCACCCAACUGGGAGUGCUCUAUCACAUGAUUGAAAGUCGAGUGAGGAUGUUUCACAAGCUGACGAAACUGCAUGGAAAACUGUAUCUCCUCAUGACACAGGUGGCAACAAGCGACAGCAGCAACACAGUCACAGAUGUGGACCACACAGCCAAGCUGGUGUAUGAAGAGGAAUCAUCCGAUGAAGAUGAGGCCUCCGGCGAUGAAGGUCUUCCUGACGACAACUCUGAUAAUUGGGAAGAGGAAGAGGUGAUGGAGGAAACGAUGGAACAAGACAUGGAAGGGCAAGCAGACGAAGAGGAGGAGGAUCAAGACAGCAGAACAGAAUCCAAAGCUAACGGGGAAGAAGAUAUGGAGCACGAGAAUGAAAGUGAAGAGGAAUGAGAAUGAAUGAGUGGAAAUGCCAAUGCUACACAAAUUGGAAAGAAAAUGGACCUGAAAGAUUUAUAUAUACUUUUCAUUUUAUUUUCAUGCUUUUGGUUUUAUUAUCAGAACAAAGUAUGGUUUUACGGAAUCACAAGCAAGGGACAGGAAACAUCGGGACUUGGGCAGUGUGGGCCCCUGACAUGCCACAACACAGUUCAGCCACUAGGGCGGUGAGGUCUCGCUCCCUCUACUUCCCCCCAUCUGAGCAAUGGUCGAUACAUUUGGGAAGGAAAAAAAAAAGCAAACUUCUGCUGUGUAAGUCCUGCCUCUUACAUCCUCCAUUCAGUCUGCAUCCCAAUGCUACAGCCUCCGAAUGCUUUCACUUGCACACCUGUACGGAUUUCCAUUGAAAAUGACUGAAAUAUAACUUUAACUUGGCUCCGUUCAUGCGCCACUUCGCCGCCUCCAUUCCAAAUCUUGUAACAUCCAUUAUGUAACAUGAAUAAUAUUGCAGCAUACUGGUAUGUUCUGCUCAACAGUAGAUGACACAGCACUCUGCCAGUGCUUGAUUUAUCCCAUCCCAACUGCUAUGUAGCCAGCCUGGAAGACCUGUAGCUGUUGGAGCACAUGAAUGCAAAACAUGAGGUUGGGUCUAGAAUUGGGAUGCAGAGCCCAGAUUUUUUUUUUUUUUCCUUUUGUACAGAAUACUGUUUGUUCCAGAGGUGGGCUUACCAGAAGUGGCCAUACAUCAUGUCCACACACAAUGUAAAUCUGUAUGUACAGUGCAGUGUUUGUAUGAGCUCUUCCCUCAGCAGUUAUACCCAGAAAUCCUUGGAAUUAAAUGAAUUCCUGUAAAGUCUU